AUGUCAAAUAGUAUCGUUAAUAAUAGAUCAAAAACAACAACCAAUAAUAAUAAUAAUAAUAAUAAGAAUAUUAAAAAGAAAAAGGUUAAUCCUUUUGUAGGACCAAAAAGCUCGAGUGUCAACCAUUUUCCAGAAUUUCCAUCAUGGACCCUACCCGACAAUAGGGAUUUUUCAAGUGCCAGUAGUAGCAGCAGUACCGACAGUGUCGUCAAUCGAAACGCCAUAUUCAAUUACAACAAGGAUGAAUCACUCUCAUUUUCAAUGAUGAGGUCAAGUAUCCAGUCUACCAAUUCUUCCGAUUUUCCUUUUGGCCAACAACAACAUCAUCAUAUUCAACACAACACAUCGAUAAGCUCGGCCAAUAAUAGUUUUUUUUUCCCUCCAACUCCUCAACACCAACAACAACAACAAUAUAGUCAUAAAUCUUCAACCAAUAAUAAUAGUAAUAUUAAUAAUAAUCGUCUCGAGUUAUCGAUAGAUACACUAUCCGCCUUGUUACCUGUAAAUAUUACCGUAGAGGACUUGGACCAAACAAAUGCAAUCUCUUGUGAUGAUUCCAUGGACAUGCAAUCAAUUCAAAGAUGGAAAACUGAAGAUGAACUUAAAACCAAUGAAUUUUUUGAAAGACCAUCUUUUGAGAUUUAUGGAAUUAAAAGAAAAUCAAUGUCACCAAAUCCAGAUAUAUGUAAAUACCAACAGGAUAAUGAUUGUUCUGAUGUUGGAGUUUCAAUUCUUCUUGAGAAUAAUAAUAAUCACAAUAAUCAUUUUGAAUCAAGCUCAAAUACAACUGCAUCACCAUUUCCAUCUCCAAUGAGUAAUUUUAAUUUUAAUCAAAAUAAUAAUAAUAAUAAUAAUAAUAAUAAUAGUAAACAACAAUCAUGUUAUAUACAAAGAAUACCUUGUAGUCCAUUUAAUAAUAAUCAAAAUAAUCAAAAUAAUAAUAAUAAUAGUUUAUAUUUUGAUGAAAAUUCAUUUUCCAAACAUAAUAAUAAUAAUAAUAUAACAAAUAAUAAUAAUAAUAUUUAUAAUAAUAAUAAUUUUAUAAUUCCUUUAACACCUAUUAAUAAUACAUUAAAACCAUAUAAUCAAAUUCAUUCACCAAACAACAACAUGCCAUAUACACCAUUUUCAGAUAAUAGUAUGAUGAGUUCCAUAGACUGCUCCUCACCAUAUUCAAUUCAACAAUCACCAUUUUUACAACCAAUCACUCCCAUCAAUCAUAACCGAACCAAACACCAACAACAACAAAAGAAUCUUCAAGACUUUGGUCCACUCCCCGAUGUGUCACCAAUCAAAUGCAAGAUUGAUCGAUUUGCAACCACUGGUGGAGACUGUACAAUGGGUCAAUCAUCUCCACCUGCAUCACCAAUGAAACCUCGAAAUGUUGGAUUAUUUAAUAAAUUUUCCAAUGCAUAA